AUGUCUCUGCUCCUGAGCACGCUGGACAAGCUGGCCUACUUCCUGUCUCUGCUCGCCUUUUGUGUGGAACCGAAGACCACGACCAUGAUGAUGAUGAUGAUGAUGAUGGGGAUGAUGAAGGUGCAGAGGACGGCAUCGAGCUGCUGUCUCCUGCUCACACUGCUGCUGGGCGUCUCCGCCGGACAAGACUUCGACUGGACCAAGAAUGACCGAACGGCCUUCUUCUACAGCACCUUCCCGACAGGUUUCUCGUGGGGCGCCGGCAGCUCGGCCUAUCAAACCGAAGGAGCCUGGAACACCGACGGGAAGGGGAUGAGCAUCUGGGAUGCCUUCGCCCACAGGAAGGGGAAAAUCUUCCUGAACGACACCGGAGACUUCUCCUGCGAGGGCUACCGCAAAUUCAAGGAUGACGUGACGCUGAUGAAGGACAUGAAGCUGAAUCAUUACCGCUUCUCCAUCUCCUGGCCGAGGAUUUUACCCACCGGACUGAAAAGCGAGCAGGUCAAUGAGAAAGGCAUCAAGUAUUAUGACGACCUGAUCAACAUGCUGCUGGACAACCAGAUCACGCCCAUCGUCACGCUGUACCACUGGGAUUUGCCUCAGGUGCUGCAGGAGAAAUACGGCGGCUGGCAGAAUGCCAGCAUGGUCAACCACUUCAACGACUUCGCCAACCUGUGCUUCGAGCGCUUCGGGAACCGGGUCAAGUACUGGAUCACCUUCAACAACCCGUGGUCUGUGGCUGUGGAGGGGUACGAGACGGGGGAGCACGCCCCCGGACUGAAGCUGAGGGGCUCCGGCGCCUACAGAGCAGCUCACCACAUCAUCAAGGCUCACGCCAAAGUGUGGCACACGUACGACGUGCAGUGGAGGAGCAAACAGAAAGGCUUGCUGGGAAUCUCUCUGACGGCCGACUGGGGCGAGCCGGUGGACGUGUCCAACCAGCGCGACAUCGAGGCGGCGGAGCGGUACAUCCAGUUCUACCUGGGCUGGUUCGCCACGCCCAUCUUCAACGGGGACUACCCGCAGGUCAUGAAGGACUACAUCGGCAGGAAGAGCGGUCAGCAGGGUCUUGGAGCCUCUCGGCUCCCCGUCUUCUCGCCUCAGGAGAAAAGCUACAUCAAGGGAACCUGCGACUUCCUGGGCCUAGGACACUUCACCACCCGCUACGUCACCCAGAAGAAUUACCCAUCAGCCCUGGGAGAUAGCUACUUCACCGACCGUGACCUGGCGGAGCUGGUGGACCCCCAGUGGCCCGACCCCGGGUCCGAGUGGCUGUACUCGGUGCCCUGGGGCUUCAGGCGCCUGCUGAACUUCGUUAAGACGCAGUACGGGAACCCCAUGAUCUAUGUGACGGAGAACGGCGUGUCGGAGAAGAUGCUGUGCACCGACCUGUGUGACCACUGGAGGGUGCAGUACUUCAAGGACUACAUCAACGAGAUGCUGAAAGCGGUGAGGGACGGCGUCAACGUGAAGGGCUACACCGCCUGGUCCCUGCUGGACAACUUCGAGUGGGACGAGGGCUUCUCGGAGCGCUUCGGCCUCUUCUACGUCGACUUCCGGAGCAAGGCCAAGCCGCGCUACCCCAAGGCCUCGGUCCACUUCUACAAGCGCAUCAUCGGCUCCAACGGCUUCCCCAACCAGAGAGAGGUGGACAGCUGGAGGAGGAAGUCGGUGGAGACCUGCUCGUCCAGCAACCAACUGCUGGCUGCAGACCCGCUGAUCGGACACAUGGAGAUGGUGACGGAGAUCGUGGUUCCCACCGUCUGCACGCUCUGCAUCCUGCUGAGCGCCGUCUUCCUCAUGUUCCUGCUGCGGCGCCGCCUCUGA